AUGGCACUAUCCUACUCUGCUUUUAUCAAACCCUUGCCAGAAAAUUCUAUCCAAAGGCGGGCUUUUCUUUACUCAGAUGACCGGGAUUUCUCUGUAUCUACUACUGCUUUCCAUAAAAUUUCUGUUGCAAGGAAGUGUGUUCCUUCAGCAUUUGAUGGCCGUAUUCUGCUCUAUGGUAGUGUUGCCGAUUUCAGCCAGAAGUUUUGUGGCUUAAAAUGUUGGAUACUUGAGAAGCUCAAACUUGAAAUACCAGACAGAAAAUGUGGGUUGGGAAGAGACUCGAAGAGGCUUGAAGUCCAAGGAAAAGAUCACCACCGAGAUCAUUCAGUAUUUCCAUUAUCAUCUCAUAGCAAAGCUCCUGAAGAAGUAUCUGUUACAAGGUUUCUGAAUGAGUCAGUUGAAGAAACAAAAACACCAAUUCCUCAGUUUGAGAAAACUACUUUACCAAAUAAUCAACCAAUUCUUUCAGAAGACCUUUCUGUUGCCGUGCGAUCUUCGUCGUCAGUGCGAACAAAAGCAAAUAAUUUUGACAGCGAGGGUGGUAGAGUACCUUCGCUUUGCAUUUCUGUUAUAGGGGCUACUGGUGAGCUGGCAAGAACAAAGAUUUUUCCAGCAUUAUUUGCUCUAUAUUACAGUGGAUUUCUUCCCGAGAAUGUUGGAAUUUUUGGGUACUCACGAAAGAAUCUGACGGAUGAAGAUCUGAGAUCUGUAAUUGCAUCAACAUUGACUUGCCGCGUGGAUCAUCAACAAAACUGCGGGGACAAAAUGGAUUCUUUUCUCAGUAGAACUUACUACAUUAAUGGAGGCUGUAACAACAGAGAAGGGAUGGCAAAGCUAAAUGCUCAAAUGGAAAAGAUUGAGGGUGAAUCUGAAGCAAACAGGAUAUUUUACCUUUCUGUGCCACAAGAAGCACUUCUUGAUGUUGCAUGCUCUCUCGCUAAUAAUGCCCAAACCCAAAAGGGCUGGAAUCGUAUAAUAAUUGAGAAGCCAUUUGGUUUUGAUGCAGUGUCUUCAUAUCAACUAACACUGGCUCUUCUCUUGAAUUUUGAAGAGAAACAAAUAUACAGGAUAGAUCAUCUCCUGGGAAGAAACCUAAUUGAAAAUCUUACUGUACUAAGAUUCUCAAAUCUGGUCUUUGAACCAUUGUGGAGCCGGGCUUAUAUACGCAAUGUGCAGGUCAUUUUAUCAGAAGACUGGGGUAUGGAAACAAGAGGAAGGUAUUUUGAUGGUUAUGGGAUCAUCCGAGACAUAGUCCAUAGUCAUAUACUUCAGACUAUCGCGUUGUUUGCUAUGGAACCACCCAUUAGUCUCGAAGAUGAAGAUGUUCGAAAUGAAAAGGUCAAAGUUCUGAGAUCAAUCCGGAUGUUGGAGCUUGGUGAUAUCAUUCUUGGCCAGUAUAAAGCUAGUUCUGCAGAUAAGGUUGAUGUUUAUUUGAACACUUUAACACCAACAUUUUUUGCUGCUGCUCUAUACAUUGACAAUGCACGUUGGGAUGGUGUUCCCUUUCUGAUCAAAGCUGGCAUGGGUCUCAUCAAACACAGAAUGGAAAUACGCAUCCAGUUUCACCGUGUUCCAGGAAACCUCUACCGUGAACGUAUUGGUCAAAACAUUGACCUUGCCACUAACGAACUGAUUCUGCGAGACGUACCUGAUGAAGCAAUCCUUGUGAAAAUCAACAAUAAGAUACCAGGUUUAGGGUUACAUUUAGAUGCUUCAGAGUUGAAUUUGCUCUACAAGGACAAGUAUAAUGUUGAGGUUCCUGAUUCAUACGAGCAUCUUCUUCUGGAUGUAGUCGAUGGAGACAACCAUCUGUUUAUGCGUAGUGAUGAGCUAGCAGCUGGGUGGGAAAUUCUUAGUCCUGUUUUGCACGAGAUAGAUGAGAAAAAGAUAGUCCCAGAGCUCUACGAGUUUGGAGGUAGAGGCCCUGUAGGAGCCUACUACCUUGGGGCAAAACACGGGGUUCGAUGGGCAGACGACUAG